AGGAGAAACAAAUAGAUAAACAGGACACACUGAGAGACGAGAAAGGGACAGACAGGCAUCAGGACUCUUUAACUCAGCCUCCGCCACCGCGACGCCCACGAGGCCGAGGGCGUGCUGGCGGGCUGCUGUUUGUACUAGUUCACGAGUGCGUCGCCGUCGGGGACGAGGCGCUGAUGAAUUGCCUCCGUCCUGACUGAGAGGUGUUCAGCUCGCCAUUGAUUUUCUGUGACCUCAUAAUUGGUCAAGCUGCUCUAGUCUCGUAAUUAACUGAACACAAGCACUUCUUUAUUUUCCUUCCUUCCCCUUCCUUUCCCUCCUCAUUCAUUCUUCACUUCAACUCCCCUCCCUUCCUCCCUCUCCUCUCGCACCCCACACAAACACGCAUCGAUAGAUAUGUUGUUUACUUCCUCGCGCCACGCUGGCCCGUGCAUUGGAGGGCACUAAUUCAACACGACGCAGUGUGUGUGUGUAGUGCUUGAGUCACGGUCGAUCACUCAAACAAGGUUUACAUCAGCAAUGUCUGAGCUGAGUCAUCUCUUUCUGAACUUAUAUCUUCAGCAAGACUUGACCGACUUAGCCUCACGGCACAGGUUCAGCAGCCCUAGAAGGGCUGCGGACGCUCUGGGAGUUUCUGUCAUGUGGUCAGGCCCAAGUUCCUCUCGGCGCGGCGUGAUGACUUCCCUCUCCCUCCUAACGAAGCCGCGUGCCCCGCGAGUCAUUCAACGCACGGAACUCUGGGACUCAUACAGCCCGUACUCAUGAAGCACCGCGGCCCUGCGGGUUGCCUGGCCUGAUCGGGCUUUCGUUGGGUCCGUCGGCAGUGUGAGGGGCGGCACCGCGGCACGGCAGUAGCAUAGAAAAACUCGGGUAUAAAUACAUAUUUUAGGUAUAAGGAGCUGAGCAGCAGCAACACUGCCCCGGGGCCCAGCACGAGCGACGGGACAAUCAAGUAGGAAGCAGAAACAACAACAACAACAACAACAAAGCAGAACGACACGACUGGUCCGAUCAGCAGGAAUAGCAGCGGCAGCAAAGUAGGGGCCAUCCAUUGGCAGCAGCAGCAGAAGCAGCAGCAGCAGCAGGCCGGGCGGCGGGCUGUUUAUCUGCAAUAAUGAGGGCGGCGCCGCGGGGCGGGCGGCCUGGCCCUCCAUCACUCACAGGCCGUUACCACCGCCCGCCGCCCGCGGGCCGCCCGCCGGCCCAGGACCACCCGGACCACAGCCCACCCUAAUUUGACACCCGAGUGGCCCGCCCUGUUAGAAUAUCUCCAUUAACCCCGUCACUUCACUCCCUGAUUGAGCUAUUCAUGGUCUUCUUUGAUACGCCGGUCUCCCCUCCCCAUUGGCGAAUUGAUAAUCCUCAAGCCAGUGAGCGGGCAGGGCCGCCGCAGGCCACGCCCACCGCGGCUUCUUCGACGAAUGAUGUCGGGCUGUGGGCGGGCGCUGCCACGGUCCCGCCCAAUCACGUGUGUCGGCCUCCGUGUGUGGUUGGCGGGCGGCGCCCGUAGUCACUGGCGGGCGGCAAACAUCAAAGGCGGCCAUUAGGCGUGUGAAGGCGCUGCUCUGUCAUUAACCAGUCGACCAGUUGGCACAUCUUCAUCGGCGGCGCCGGACCCGAGUGAUUACUCUCCGCCUGAUGCGGCCAGCAUCAGUCUGUCGGUGACCAGCGCGAGGACCGGAGCAGUGGCCGAGUGGGCGGCGAGCAGCUGUGCGAGACUGAGUGUGGACCGCGCGAGGCAGGUCCUGCCGGCCAGUGCGGGGCGAUGGAGAUCCGGGUGGAGUGUGUGGCCGGGAUGGAGGACGGCGACUCGCCCGCCUCGCCCCGCGGCGAGCGGCCGCCCAGCCCUUGUGAGAGCGAGAUCAGCGUGGGCUGCGAGGCAGAGGCGCGGCAGCCCCAGCCCUCGCCCAUGGACAUGACCACCCACGCCGACACUUCCACUGAGGACGAGGAAACGGAGCCUCGCUCACCCUCCACUUCGCGGGGGGCGCCUUCCCCCACGCUUUCCUCAGGCUCCCUCCACACAGAGUCCUUCACCUACCUCUCCGACGACGAAUACUUCAGGCCGCUGAAGAGGCUGGCCAUGUCCGGCACCUCGCCGCCGCCGCCCCGCGAGCCCCUUUCACCUCAGCAGGACGCCGAGCCCAAGGCGUCCUCUCCCUCACCCUCGCCAGAGCCACAAGACGCACAGGAGCAGCAGGAGGCCGGGGCACUGGCCGGCCGGGGGGAACUGGGCGGCGGCGACCAGAAACAGGCGGCGGGGCUUCGGUCUUUCUCCAUACUCGACAUCCUCUCCUACAAGCCCUCCCGCCGAAAGUCCUCCAUCCCCGUGAAGAUCGUGCGGCCCUGGGACACGCGGGAGGAGGCGGCAGCCGAGACGCACACGAAGGCUGCCGGCCAGAGCGAGAAGAAGGGCGGCGCCAACGACAAGGGCAGCGCGCUGGACGCCCUCUUCAAGAUGACCAAUAAGACGCUCGACAACCUCAACAAGGACGAGAAGACAGACGCGGUCAACCUCUUCAACAACAGACAGCCGCCCAAGAAGAAGAGGAAGAGCCGCACCGCCUUCACCAACCACCAGAUCUUCGAGUUGGAGAAGCGAUUCCUCUACCAGAAGUACCUCUCGCCCGCGGACAGGGACGAGCUUGCGCAGACCCUCGGCCUAAGCAAUGCACAGGUGAUCACGUGGUUCCAGAACAGGCGCGCCAAGCUCAAGCGGGACAUGGAGGAGCUGAAGCGGGACGUCGAGUGCACUAAAGUCAUCUCCACCAACAAGAGUCUUCUGGAGGCGUCAGUCAACGUGGCGGCGCUGCUCAAGGUCAAGGACUUCCCCAGGAUACCCAUCACGUCCCUCCCCCAGCACUAGGGUCACGCCCCUCCCGUCGCCCACCCCGGGGAGGUCCUGGCGCGUUUGGGGCUCCGCUCUGACGCGUUCUCGGGCCACCGCCGCACCCCAGGGGACGACGGGAGUGAGAAAGCGCCUGUCCGUCUGGUGUUUCCUCACGGUGACGAGUAUUGACUGACGGAGGGACGAAGGGAGAGAGGGGGAGAAAGAUACAGAGAACCGCGUGUUUGGUGACGUGUCAUUGAGGUAAAGAAAGGAAGCAAGACGUGUUAGCCCGAACAUAGACGGUAGCAAAGAUAAGAACUACAAGGAAGCGUCUAUCCCUCUGCCGUGUCCUCCGCGGUGACGAAUUCUUACACUGACGGAGGAAGAGUCGCAGGUUAGUGAAGCUCCGUUACGACAAAGAAAGGAAACAGGACACGUGCUGGGCCGACAUGGGCGGCGGCAAAGCAUAAGAGAAUUCUAACUCACGGAGGAAGAGUCGUUUAGUGAAGCUCCGUUAAGAUAAAGGAAGGAAACAGGACACGUGCUGGGCCGACAUGGGCGGCGGCAAAGCAUAAGAGAAUUCUAACUCACGGAGGAAGAGUCGUUUAGUGAAGCUCCGUUAAGAUAAAGGAAGGAAGGAAACAAGGCACGUGUUGGCUUGACAGGGACGGUGACACUGCAUACGGGACGCGACGAGGCGGGUGCGUCUGUGUCUCUGUGUCCCUGUCUGUGUUGUCUGUCUGUCUGUCUGUCUCUCGAAGUGGCGGCGAGGGACAGGAGUGAUAUGCCUGUCCUUCCUACCUUCCUUCCUCCGUCUCUUUAAUAUGGACUUAUGCAGGGACGGGAGGGAAGAACGGAGGGAAAAAUGAGGAGGAGAGGAAGUGAAGUGGCGUGUCCUUCCGCCGAAUAUAAACAAAAGGCGGCAAAAGAUGAAGUGAUAAAAGGAAGAUAACGAAGAAAAGGGAGACAAGGAAACGAGGAAUCUAGUGACAGUUUAAUAAUAAGUCGAGUAAAUACUGGAAGACAAACAUGAGAUAAGGAGAGUGAGAUAACUAAGUACAUAUUCAGAAUUAAAAAAAAAAGAGAGGAAGUAAUUCUAUGUUUCGAAUCAUUAAACACACACACACACACAAACAAACACACACACAUAACACCUCUCGCUUCCCGUCUGAUUAUUCUUUAGACAGGAAAGUGACAGAGGAGGAGAGAGCUGUGACCUCCCUUUGCGUCCCGUCACUUGGAGGGUUGAGAAAAGACCGGCUGAUAAAACUUCGACUUCCUUUACUUUUCCUCUCCCGCUAAUCCCGAACGAACGCCGACGGUGGUGAAAGGGACGGGAAAAGGGACGGUGAAAAAGAGACAGUGUAAGACAGAACGUGAUGAGCUGUGAUGCGCCAGUGAUGAGUGAGAUUUGAUGAUGAUGAGGAGGACUAGCGGAAAAUGGUGAAACAAAUACUUGAAAAUAAGAGUGUUUUGUCGACUCGUUUUCUGAUCUACCUCCCUUUAUAUUAUUUCUUCCUCUUUCUCUUUUUUUCUGUCUCCAGCUAAACUACUGUCCGCCUUAGUCACUGCUUCCUCUUUCUCUCCCUUUCUUCUCCUCUUCCUCCUCUUGAUAAAAAAAAAGCCGGGAUUUGUUACACCGAUAUCUGUAUUAUUAUUGAUAUGUUCAGUUACCUCUUAGUAUAUUAUGGCUGCCAGUAUCACCUCCUUUAUCACUUUCCCUAACUCAUUAAACAUAUACGAAGAGAACGCUUACAUACGCUUUACAUCAGUUCAGUGAAGAGAAACGUAAAGACAACUUGACAUCCACAACGCAUAGGUAAAAUCUAAUAUGUUCAGUUACCUCUUCAUAUUGCUAUCGGUCUGAACUCCAAUGUCACUUUCCUUUUCAUUAUUACACAUAGGGAUAAUACUAACUCUUUUACACGCUUUACAUUAGUUCAGUAAAGAGUAACGUCAACACAAGACCAUUGCCUUCUACAACAACCCAACUACAACACAGCUACUUACUUUUAAAUUAUUACACAUACGUACAACAUAUUUUUUUUGCACACUUCACAUCAGUUCAGUAAAGCGUAACGUAACGAUCAUCAGCUCCACAACGCCGCAACGCUAUUAAUGACCAAACGCGAGUGGAAACAAGAUGAACGAACACUGCAAUCACUUCUCUGUUUAAGCACUCUAUUUGCAAACGGGGGAGAGAGUCUGCUGCAUCUGUGUCUCCGCUCCAUCCAUAGACAAUUUAGCAUGUAAUGAUCUGUUGGAUUACUUCCUUAACGACCUACAUCAGUACCUGUGUUUGUUUUAUGUUAUUAGUUGAGGCUUAAUUACCUCUGUCUCACCUGUCCCCCCUCCCUCCCUCUCUCUCAUUAGUGCUUACAGGGAAGGGGGACAAGUGUUACGUGCACCUGUUUACACCUGGAGGAGAAAGAGGGUAGUUCUCUCUCUCACCUCUCUUUACCUCCCUCUCUCUCUCUCUGCCUCUAUCUCCCUUCUAUAUACAUUUACCUUUCUCUACCUCUCGCUUCCCUCACCUCAGUCUCUCUCUCUACAAAUCUCUGUUUACCUUUCCUCCUCUUUCUCUACAUUUCUCAACCUCAGCCUCUUCAUCUAAUUCCAUCUCUACCUGUCUAUACCUAUUUUUCUUUCUCUUUCUCUACCUCUCUUUACUCCUUUCUUUACCUCUCUCUCUCUCUCUCCACUUCAGCCUCUCUUUCUCCUUCUCCCUACCUGGCUACGCUUACCUCUCUAAUUCUACCUCUCUCUUUUUCCUCUCUUUCUCUUUCUCCUUUCUCUCUACCUGGCUACGCUUACCUCUCUCUUUUCCACUCUUUCUCUUUCUCCUCCUUCCUGCGUCCAUCCCCUGCCUCCUUCCCUUCCCUUCCCGCUUCGGUCUGUGUACUGUUGUUUCUUCACAAUACACACACACGAGAUAGAGCCCGGUACUAUUUAUAAUCGUCGCGUGAUACCUGUCUAUACCUUUCUACGAUGAGCCUGUACAAUAUCCCUUCCUUGUAAAGAGCGACAGAACUAUCUCUAUAUAUAUUAGCGUAGCGUUCGUAUUCCCGUGAGACCGAUACCUUAUAGCGAUGGAGUUUAGGCCAAAAAUAAAACCAAUAAAAAACACUAUUACCGGUUUAUUGAUAAUUAUAUGGAGGCGAUCGUCGAGUCAUUAGUGUAAUCGUGCAGGGUGUGAUCGACAUUUUGUACGCAGGUUUCUAUUUAGUACUCACAUCAAGGGGAAUAUAUGACAACUCAGGAACUUUGGACUGAGGUAAUAUAUGGACUUCAGAUACGUAAAUAAUUAGGGUAAAAAGAUGCAUUAAAGUGAGCUAAAACACUGUGCUAAAAAAUAAAGAGCUGAAAAAUGGGCUGAAAAUUGGGCUGUAAAUGGGCUAAAAAUUGGGCUAAAAAUUGGUUUAAAAAUAUUGGGGUGAAAAACUGCCUGAGAAAAAAAAUAUUGGGCUAGAAAAUUGGACUUAAAAUUCACAAACACUGACCUGAAAAAAAGCAGACAAAAACUUUGGGCUAAAAAAGAAAAAAAAAUACAUUAGGCCUACUCUGAAGUGUAUAUAAAAAUUUGCAAAAAAGGAUUCAUAUAAACAUCCAUUACUUAUAAUAUUUUCUCUAUCUUUAUCACUAUUAAUUUUUUCACUAGUUUCUUUUUUUGUUCUUUUUUUUUGCUUAUAUGAGUACUAAUAGGGACGAUGCGUACAAACUGGCGAACACACCCUUGAAGAGACCCGCGCAAGUCAGGUCUUUCGCGUACUUGUCUCUGUGAGGCAGCCCUGUGGUUACCCCCCCCCCUCCACACCUCUCUCUCUCUCUCUCUCUCUCUCUCUCUCUCUCUCUCUCUCUCUCUCUCUCUCUCUCUCUCUCUCUCUCUCUCUCUCUCUCUCUCUCUCUCUCUCUCUCUCUCUCUGUCCUCCAUUUUGCUCUCAUCUCCUCCUCCUCCUCCUCCUCCUCCUCCUCUUCUUCUUCUUCCUGUGACAUCAUCUCUAUAGUAUGUAAGCUGUUGGUAUCUAUCGCUUUCUCUAUCUAUUUAUCUAUCUAUCUUUCAUUAAUCAUAUUUUUUCUUUUUUUCUUUCUCUCUUUCUUGCCACCUCAUAUAGUCAUGGUGUGUGUGUGUGUGUGUGUGUGUGUGUGUGUGUGUGUGUGUGUGUGUUUCUAAACUGAGAGCAGGACACACAAACAUGGGGACAGCAGAAUCGUAUCCAAGCAGUCACACACACACACACACACACACACACACACACACACACACACACACACACACUCUCUCGAUUUCAGCAUUACUUCGCCUUAAUUUUCCCUAUUCAAACUCAUCCUUAUUUACCAAAAGCUCAGAAAAUAUCUCACAUACUAUAAAUAUUCCUACUCUCUAUAUCUUUCUUUUUCUUCCAAUUUCCUUCCACUUCUUUUUGUAUUCUUAUCAUUACUGUUAUCAUUAUCAUUAUUAUUAUCAUUAUUAUUAUUAUUUCGAUGUACAAAGUGUAAAGGUGUGUUUAUAUAGCACGAGAAACGUUGUAUAUAUUGUAUGUUAUGUGAAUAUGUGUACGGACGUAAUUUCAUUCGUGUAGAAACAAUAAAAAAAUGAAAC